UAUGAGUUUAACCCUAAUUCAAAACUAUGCUAUCCUCUCUGGAUUUCUUUGCUCACCACAAACGUACAGAGGACAAUGGGUGGAGGAGCAGGUACGCCGGAUUUCUUCUACAGAGAAGCUCAGCGCCUGGGUUAUGUUGCCCGCUCUGCCUUCAAGUUGCUGCAGAUGCAGAAGCAGUUCAAACUCAUAACCCCUGGUUCCUCCGUUCUUGAUCUAGGAUGUGCUCCUGGUGCUUGGCUUCAGGUGGCAUGCCAGAGUUUGGGUCCAUUGAAAUGUAGUGGCGCUAUUGUUGGGAUCGAUACAAAGAGCAGAAGGUGAAGGUUCCAGCAAUGCACUGUGAUUCAAGGGUUCAAACCGUUUGUGGCAAUGUUAUGGAAUUACCAAGGGAAAAAAUUAAGGAUCUUUCUCCUCAGGUACUUAUUGAAACAAAUUUCCAUGUGUUUUUGUGGUUAGCACUGUUUUUAGGUUGUGUUUCGGUGCUGUUCAAACCGGAGUACUUAUUUUUGUUUUUCAUUUCUGCUUUCUUUUGCACCUUUUGGAUCUGCUGUGCUUCCAAAUUCCCAGUGAGCGAUCUGGAACAUACAUUGGCUAAGAUAGCUGUAAUGAUAAUGAAACUUCAAACUACAGUUUCUCACACUGUAAUUAUUCCUUUUUAUUACCCCCUACAGCCCUACUUCAACCCCUCCUGUAAUAGGAGGUAAUUCUCCCUGAUAAUUAACCAUAGGCCUACCUCAACAGGGUAUACAAUUGGCCUAAGUUUUUGCUCCAGAGUUACCAAUGCAAUAUUUCAUGUGGGAGGGACAUUUUCAUGUGCAAUCGUUUGGUUUCGUCUAAAACGGCUUGAAAUAAUUAUCACCGAUUUAAAACUGCACUUUGGAUCAAUUUGUUUUGUUUUGGUGCAUUUGGUUCGAUUUGCUUUUUUGUUGCUCUGGAUUUUUAUUGGGGUCAUGUUUUUUUUUUUGUUUGGGCCAGCUCAUUUUGCUUUGGUUCUGACUUCUGAGUAAUGUGGUUUGGGGAAGACAUGAUCAAAGUAAAGUAGUAAACCUGAAACACAUAUGGUUCAGGUUUGUUUGGAUUGAUUUAGCUUGGUUAGAUUAGCCAAACCUAUUUGAAAUGCCCACCCCUAAUAAAACUGAUGCUCUACACCUAUUUGAAAAAGGAGUCUUGUUUGUAAUGUUCAAAUUCGCAUUACAAAUCCAUAUUGUUUUUACUAAAGUGAGUAAUUGUUGGCAAAGUAGGCACUAGCGCCUAGUUAUUAAGUAAUAAGAGUUAGGCUGAGACGCAGAGUCUACGUGGAAGUAGGUCCCAAGCUGCUAGAAAAGGAUUUUUACAACAAUGCUUGAGAGUACAGCCAUACAGGUUAGUUGAUAUUGAAAUUUGAAACUUUUUGAUCAGUUGCUUAAUUUUAUAGAUCUCUAUCCUGCAGAAAAAGGGGUUCUCUGUCAUACUUUCUGACAUGUGUCCACUAGUUUCUGGAAUAACAACGAGAGAUUCAGUUCUAUCUGCCGAACUGGGACACCGUGCACUUGAUCUGGCUGUUGGAGGAGGCACCUUUUCUUCCCCAUGCACGAAACCUCAAGUGGACGGUGAAUUGAAUGACAUCGGAGAUAAUGGUAUAUUACAACUUGGAGGUCAUCUUGUCAUAAAGCUCUUGGAAAGUGAAGACACCAAGGAAAUUUGUGAGAUAUGCAAACCUCUCUUUAGAAAGACAUCAUGGCUGAGGCCAAAAGCAACAAGGUCAUCUUCAAGAGAGAUAUAUCUGAUUUGCCAAGGUUUGCGCAGUAGUAGAGCCUCCUAAAUUCCUCAUCCUCAAUCUCAACUUCAAGUGAGUCUGAAUCCCAAAUGCUGGUGGCUUCUAAUUGAGGUUGGCAGCUAUAUUUUUUUUGUUUGUAUAAAGAAAUGCCAUUGAAAACCUCUGUAAACUUCUAUUUUUUUUUUUUGUUGUUGUAAACUUCUACUCUAUACUGUAAAAGUGAUAAACUAUGGUUAGUCAAUUAUUUAUUUUAUUUUCUUUUUGUUAAUAGUUCUUGUUCUAGUCUUAUAUUCUCUUAGAUAGAGUUUGUCUGUGAAACUUUGUUUAUUUUCCAUGGGAAAUAGAAUUGGAGAACGUUUUCCC